GUAGCCUGCCAAGAAACUAAAGAAGAAGAAGUCGUGGCGUAGGCGCUGCACGUGUGGUGAGACUGCGUGCGUCCAGAGAGAGUCACAGCCCGGUAGAAGAGGAGAGAAGAAGAGUGAGCCCAGCAGGCAGCGUCGAUCUAACGCUUUCCAUCAAAGCAACAUGAGACCAGGAUUCAGUCCUCGUGGAGGUAGAGGAGGAUUCGGAGACCGUGGAGGACGAGGAGGAUUCGGAGACCGUGGAGGACGAGGAGGAUUCGGAGACCGCGGAGGACGUGGAGGAUUUAGAGGAGGAAGAGGUGGAGGAUUCAGAUCCCCAGAUGGUGGAGGAUUUCGGGGCCGGGGGGGUGGCAGAGGCGCCCCAAGAGGCAGAGGAGGUAGAGGAGGCAGAGGAGGCUUUGGAGCAGGGAAGAAAGUCUUGGUUGAGCCACACAGACACGAAGGAGUGUUCAUUUCUAGAGGGAAGGAGGAUGCCCUAGUGACCAAGAACAUGGUGGUUGGAGAGUCUGUGUAUGGAGAGAAGAGGAUCAGUGUGGAGGAGGGGGAGACGAAGAUUGAAUACAGAGCCUGGAAUCCAUUCCGCUCCAAGCUGGCAGCAGCUAUCUUGGGAGGAGUAGACCAGAUCCACAUCAAGCCCGGAGCAAAGGUCAUGUAUCUGGGAGCUGCCUCAGGCACCACAGUGUCCCACGUUUCUGACAUAGUUGGACCGGAAGGGCUCGUCUAUGCCGUGGAGUUUUCCCAUCGAUCAGGUCGUGACCUUCUCAAUGUCGCAAAGAAACGCACCAACAUCAUUCCAAUCAUCGAAGAUGCUCGGCAUCCACACAAAUACCGCAUGCUGGUUGGCAUGGUUGAUGUGAUUUUUGCUGACGUCGCCCAGCCUGACCAGACAAGGAUCGUUGCUUUAAAUGCUCACAACUUCCUGAAGAAUGGUGGACACUUUGUUAUCUCUAUCAAGGCUAACUGUAUAGACUCAACGGCAGCUCCAGAGGCAGUGUUUGCCUCAGAAGUGAAGAAGAUGAGUGCUGAAAACAUGAAACCACAGGAGCAGCUCACGCUGGAGCCCUAUGAGAGAGACCAUGCUGUGGUGGUUGGCGUGUACAGACCUCCACCUAAACAGAAGAAAUGAGGUGUGGAAGAGAGCUGUCUCAUUAGUGUUCAGAUACAUCUUUUUGUACAGUCAGUGUUUGCUUCCUGCCCUCCGAUACUAAGUUGACAGUAGAGCCUUGUGUUGAGUAUGGUGGCAGAAGGAUUUUAUUUUACAACAAUGUAUGCUUGAAAAACAGUUUGUGUUUUUUUGUUGUUUUUUUUUUGACAAAAGAACUCUUUAAUAAAAUGUUUGAUUCUUG